AUGGAUCAGGAUCAGCGCCCCUCCUCACCGUCGACCACCCUUGCUUCCCGCCACCAUAACGAAAACACCGACAGCCUCCCAGCGCCAACCGUCGUCCCAUCCUCGCCAUCCCAAGCCCAGAACGGGUCUGGGUCCCCCCGCUUUGCCCGUCAACUGGCCUCGUCCCCAGCUGCGAUCCAGGAACAGGAAAGAGCUAUAAGCCCUUUGUCCUCCCCCGUUGCUCCCUCCACUCUCGCUCAACCUCAACAAUCUUCUUCCUCUGAUCGUGCCAGUUCUUUGUUUGCAGAUCCACACGAGCAGAGCUCAGAUCAUACACAUACAGAUAAUCGAUCCCAUCCCGAUCAUUACAACCACAAGAGUCUUCGUCCUGUCGUACACGCUGUCAACGCAGCCAUGGCGUUCGAAAAGGGACGCAAGUUCUCCACGGGCACUUCGGUGCACCGCAAGCGCCAGAUGAGCACAUUGGUGGAGAAGGAAGGUCACUUUGGUCCUGCCCUCACCACCCUCUACCUCGGUGUCUCGGCCGUCUUCUCAGACGACCACACGGCCGUCGUAGCCCUGGCAAUUCACGACACAGUCUAUCUCGUGGACUUUUCCGUCAAGCAUAUUAUGCUGGACGACGCCAUGAAGAUGGGGGCCGAUCUGAUUGCUGACUACGUGAUUUCCGAAGUGGAAAAGUACGAGCACGAGAACUUUGCCAAGUUUAUCGGUGCUGGUCUGCCCACGACGCUCAAGUACAUGAGCCCGAGCUUGUGCUCGAGGCUGUGGCUGGAGCUGGAUAUUGUGCCGAUUGUGAUGCGGCCGGACGAUGAGCACAAGGAGAAGUCGUUUUGGGAUGUGAAGAGGGUGGACGAGCAGGCUGAUUCUAUGGCGCGGAAGUGUAUCAUGAACUUUGGCCCCUCUCUUGUUCCUCUUCUUCACGUUGGCUGGCGAGGAAUUGUCCAGACUGAUGCUGGCUUCCGAGCCCACCUUACGACAGUCCAGAACCACAAGGACACUUGCAGCCAUGCUACGUGGGAGACCAUGUUGACGUAUGCAAAGAAGCUCCGCGGGAACAAGACCAAGAUUGCCUUCUUCAGUUCCACACCUCAAGGUGGUGGUGUGGCUCUGAUGCGUCACGCAUUGGUCCGUUUUGCCCGUCUUAUGGGGGUGGACUUGACUUGGUAUGUCCCCAAGCCUCGUCCUGGUGUCUUCCGUAUCACCAAGAACAUCCACAACAUUCUCCAGGGUGUGAGCCACCCCGACCAACGAGUCUCGGCCGAGGAGAAGCAGUCCAUCAUUGACUGGAUCACCGACAAUGCGAACCGUUACUGGUUCUCUGAGGGUGGACCACUGUGCUCGCCCGCGGACGGUGGUGCUGAUGUUGUCAUUAUUGACGACCCGCAAAUGCCCGGCCUCAUCCCCCUGAUCAAGAAAGCCACUCCUGACCGGCCCGUCCUCUACCGCUCCCACAUCCAGAUCCGCAGCGACCUGGUCGCCAAGGCCGGCUCGCCCCAAGCCGACAUCUGGGACUUCUUAUGGUCCAACAUCCAAGGCGCAGACAUGUUCAUCUCCCACCCCAUCCCCAUCUUUGUCCCCCACACUGUCCCCCGAGAGAAGGUCGUCUACCUCCCCGCAACAACCGACUGGCUCGACGGCCUGAACAAGCACCUCAACAAGUGGGACAGCGGUUACUACGGCCACAUCUACAACGUGGCCUGCCACUCGCAGCGCAUGACGGAGCUGAACUGGCCAGCGAGGAAGUAUAUCAUUCAAGUUGCGAGAUUUGACCCUGCGAAGGGCAUCCCUACCGUGAUUGACUCCUAUGCCGAAUUCCGUCGCAGGUGUGACAAGCAAGGGCUCACCGAUGUGCCUCAGUUGGUGGUUUGCGGAAACGGGUCCGUCGACGACCCGGACGCGAGCCUGAUCUAUGAUCAGACCAUGAGCCAGCUCGAGACGUACUACCCUGACCUGAUCAAGGAUGUGAGCGUCAUGAGGCUGGAUCCGAAUGAUCAGCUGAUCAAUACCCUGCUUGCCAACGCGCACGUCGUGCUGCAGUUGUCAACUCGGGAGGGUUUCGAGGUCAAAGUUUCGGAAGCACUUCAUGCGGGUAGACCGGUGAUUGUGACUGCCACGGGGGGCAUUCCGCUGCAGGUCAAGGACAAGGUGAAUGGGUUUUUGGUCCAGCCGGGGGAUUGGAAGGCGGUGGCGGGGCACUUGAUGGAGCUCUUUACGGAUGAGGAGCUGUGGAAGAAGAUGAGCCAUGCUGCUGCCACGGGGGUGUCGGAUGAGAUCGGGACCGUGGGCAACGCGCUCGGGUGGUUUUAUUUGGCGGCCAAGUGGAACGAGGUGGGCGUGGAAAAGCAUGGGAAGGGGGGGCUGAAGGGGAAUGAGAAGUGGGUGAAUGAUAUGGCGAGGGAGGAGGCGGGUUUCCCGUAUGCGGAGGGGGAGAAUAAGUUGCCGAGGCACUUUACGCAGAGCAAGGAGGUGCCGGUGCAUACCAAGUAAGAAGAAAGGGUUUGAUACCGCUAUGGAAAAGGGUUUUAGGAACAAGUAGCAUGGACUUUUGUGUCAGAUGAAUAUACCACCUCUGCUUUACAUGUCUAAUUAUUUGCGCUGAAUAUC